GCUUCCUGGGACGGCCAUUACUCCUCUUAGUUUUUGUUCAUUGUUUCGAAUUAUGACAUACAUGACUUUGUUGCAGCGCAUUGAGUUGGAGCGAGGAAAACGGGAACCAGGAGAAAUCACGGAGCUGAAUUUGGACAACUCAAAAUCCGUGGAUAUCGAAGGUCUCACGGAUGAAUAUUCGUCCUUAGAGGUCUUGAGCAUGAUGAACGUUGGUCUUCAAAGUUUGGCUGGUUUGCCUUGUCUUGCCAGCUUAAAAAAUGUAAGUUGGACUAGACUAAAUUAUGCUUUCUAAGCUUGAGUUGUCGAAUAAUUUGAUAUCUGGCGGUCUUGACGCUCUGCUCAAAUGUCCCAACAUUGAGCAACUUAAUCUAAGUAGCAAUAAGAUUGAAUCAAUGGAUGUAUUGAUUCCACUGGCUAAGCUGUCCGAACUCAAGAGUUUGGACCUCGGGAACUGUCCUGUCACCGCUACGGAAAAUUACCGUAAAAAGGCUUUUGCGAUGAUUCCCUCUUUAAAGUAUUUGGACGGUCUUGAUGAGAACAACGAGGAAGAAGUGUUUGGAAACGAUUUUCUGAAUGGAGGUCUUGAUGAAGAGGCGGACGGUGUCGAUGAAGCUGAUGAAGAGGAUGAUGAAGGAUCUGACGAGGAAGACGAAUGUGACGACGAAAUUGGCAUUGAAGCCCUUCAACAAAGUGGUGAACUUGAAGAUGAUGAGGAUGACUAUGCUCCAGGCGAAGAUGAGGAAGCGGAAUUAGAUGAUUACGACGAUGUGGAUGAUGAAGAUGAAGACGAGGUAGAGGAAGACAACGGAGCUAACCUUUCGGCUGCCAACGUGAGUGGACCUCGACGUCCAGGCACCAAGCGGCGUCAUGAUGACAUUCAAGAUGGAAAAAAUGGGGAUAAAGCGGAGCACUGUGGAACUAAGCAUAAGCACGUUGAAGAUCGUGUGGAGACUCACGUUGAAAACGGAUCAACUGCGGAUGAUUAGACAGUUGAUAUAAACUUCAUUGUUCUUAUUUAGGCCAAAUUCCUAUUGUAUAUGUUAUGUUCAUGUUCAUCAUUUUAUGUUUAACCACAAAUUCACCCAAAAUGAACUAUGUAUUUGUACAGUACAUUUGCUGACAUUUUUUUUCGACAACACAUAAUUCAGUGUUAGCUAAUGCAUUUACUCAUUUGUAAUACUUUAUUACAUUGUUAAAAUUUUCGAAACAUCUUUUUAACUAAAAUCUAUCCAUAUUUGUUGGGUUUUAAUCAUUAUAAAUUGAAUUGUCAUCUUAAUAAUCAGUCUAUUACUUGCUUGUCUGACCUGCAUAGUCUAGAUAACGUUUAAAAAAUGAGCAUGAAUUUCUAAGCCCAUGCACCAAGACUCAACUGGUAAUUCAUUUUGGUAGAUUGAUGUAGUUUUGGUGUUUCGAGAAGUUAAAAAGAACUUAGUUCCAUCGUUUGUAGGGGUAUAUCGCUGCUAAGCGUGCUAGGUGUUUGGGCUGUGCUUAACUAGUACCUAUGUGUGAUGUACCUCAGACACGAAAGGUGAACUCUCAGUAGUUGUGCGAAAUGUCCUAGAUCCAGUCGAAUACUAACGCCUUAAGGGGCCCAAAAUUCUCCUAAAGCUCUCUAGGGUGGCGUAGUUAUUUUGCUUCAGUGUACCAACAGACAGCAGUGAGACGAUUGCACAAGCUAAACAGGGAUAGGGUCUUAGAAGACUACGGCUAUGCCCUUGAGUUUGCGUCCGUGAGUCGUACUUGUGGGUCUUGCGUAUAAGGUUUCUGGCAAUCUGUGAUGGAGUUCGUUCGCGUGUAGUCACCUAGAGCUCUUGGGCUGAAGUCCACGGAUCAUGAUACCAAGCCUCGACGAACAUGGCUGUCAUCCCAUAGGUACUUCAGGUUAAGUCGCAAUUAAAACACUACGACUUAGGUUUCUUGGCUAUCCACUACUUAGUUUACACGGGUCAACGUACAUCACCUAUCGAAUACAAUGCUGUAGACUAAAAACAAG